AUGGGCGAUUACUUUUCAAUUACUUAUCACAACAAUACUAGCUGGAGGGUUGGGUGGGGGUGCACUCGUCCAUUAAGUGUCCUUGUUACGCUUCGACCAUUAAGUGUCCUUGCUACGCUUCGACCAUUAAGUGUCCUUGCUACGCUUCGACCAUUAAGUGUCCUUGCUACGCUUCGACCAUCAAGUGUCCUCCAUUACGCUUCGGAUCAUCAAGGGCAAUUAGAAUUUGAAACCAACUAUAUCACUUGA